GUGUCGGCAUGAUCCGUAGAACAGUAAAAGCAGUAUUAGUUGAUUUGAGUGGCACGUUGCACGUUGAAGACCUUCUUCUACCAGGAGCUGUAGAAGGAAUAAGAAGGCUCAAACAACAUGCAGUCAAAUUGUUGUAUGUAACCAAUACUAGUAAAGAAUCAAAACGGUCACUGUUAUUGCGUCUGAAUAAGAUUGGAUUUCAAGUCACGGCAGAUGAAGUGUUUUCAUCAUUGUCAGCUGCAAGGCAAGUUGUUGAGAGUAGGAAACUAAGACCUCUAUCACUGCUACAGAAGGAAGCACUGGAGGAUUUUGAAGGCAUUUGUGUGGACAAUCCUAAUGCUGUUCUUGUUGGUUUGGCACCACAGUCAUUUUCCUAUGAUCGAUUGAAUGAAGCUUUCAGAUUACUGAUGAAUGGCUGCCCUCUGGUAGCUGUGCACAAAGCUCGUUAUUAUAAGCGAUCUGAUGGACUUGCUCUUGGUCCUGGACCAUUCAUAGAAGCUCUGGAAUAUGCUUCUGGAGUAAAAGCUGAUGUGAUAGGCAAGCCAGAGCAAUCAUUUUUCAAAGCAGCACUUAAUGUCUUAGGGGUGAAGGCAGAGGAGACGGCAAUGAUUGGGGAUGAUGUGAGAGACGAUGUUCUUGCUGCAAUGAACUUGGGUGUGAUGGGUAUAUUGGUGAAGACAGGGAAGUACAGAGACGAAGAUGAAGAACUACUGCCAGCUGAUUCUCAUUGCCAUGUUGCAGAGACAUUCAGUGUUGCUGUGGACAUACUGGAAAGUUAUAUGGAUACAGGAGGUACAUGAAAUGCGUUGUCAAUAGCUAGUGAAAUUUUGAUUAGAAAUUACAUACAUGCAUUAUUUAGUAACUAAGGUAAUUGCUUUUGGCAAAUGUUGCAGUUCAACAGCAGUCCAAUACGUGAAUAAGAAUUUGUUUGCAAGUCUGUUUGCGACAA